AUGUCCCCACGCCUGCCCGUGGAUAAUCCUGUCCCCAGUGUUUGGACAGAGCCGCCACAUCCACUGGAUGAAUACCAGUCGACACCAAAACUGCCAGAGUCCUGCGAUGUACUCAUCGUAGGUUCAGGCUUUGCCGGCGUUGCUACAGCUUAUCAUAUCCUAGAAGACAAGCGUACCACUCCUUCAGUAGUCCUUCUUGACGCACGGAAGCAUGCCUCGGGCGCCACAAGUAGAAAUGGUGGCCAUGUCAAGCCGGACACGUACUAUAACGUGUCCAAGUAUGAAAGAAUAUACGGGGCGUUGCAAGCUGCCGAGCUGGCUAAGUUCGAGAGCACUGGGGUCUAUGCCACCAAGCAGUUGGUCGAGACGGAGGGAUUGGACUGCGACUUCCAUCUGACACGAGCAGUGGAUGUCUACAUGGAUCCUCAACAUGCGACCGAGACUGCUGCGGCAUACAAGCGGCUUCUGAAGCGUGGACAGGUCGAUAUGGCGGACGUCGAGUAUACCUCGAAAAAGACCGCUGAACGAAUAUCAGGAGUGAAAGGGGCCCAAUGCUGUUUCAGCUUCACGGCAGCACAAUUAUCGCCCAGGAAGAUGGUGCUGCAGCUAUUGAGCAAACUGCUUGAGCGAGCAGCCCUGCAGGCUUACUCGCACACUCCAGUGAUCAGGGUUUCCCCUCGGCGAGACGCCGAGGGGCACUGGACGGCGACGACACAGCGAGGCAGCAUCAAGGCCCGGAAGAUCAUUUUCUGCACCAAUGGUUACACCGCGUCGGUCUUGCCACAGUACGUAAACAAGAUCGUUCCCGUACGUGGCGUAUGUAGUCACAUCACAACACCGAAAGGCACUAGCUCGCCGCAUCUGGCAAACACGUACAGUCUCCGGUUUGGCGGAGCCAACUAUGACUACCUCAUUCCACGGCCAGAUGGAAGCAUCGUUGUGGGUGGUGCCCGGCAGACAUUCCUGCACGACAAGGAGUCAUGGUACGACUCCGUGAAGGACGAUGAGAAUGCGCUGAGAGCUUCGGAGCGGUAUUUUCAUGGAUACAUGCAGAGGCACUUCCGAGGCUGGGAGGACAGCGGUGCGAUCCCAGAUCGGGUUUGGACUGGAAUCAUGGGCUACACGUCCGACCUAAUGCCUCACAUCGGCGAAGUUCCUGGAGCACCAUCGCAAUAUAUCAUUGCUGGGUUCUCGGGACACGGCAUGCCACAGAUCCUGUUGGCGAGCAAGGGGCUUGUGGCUAUGGUCACGAAAAACCUCACAUAUGAGCAGACAGGUUUGCCAAUCAUGUUUAAGACAACGAAUGAGAGGCUAUCAUCAUGCUAUAGCGAACUUGAAGAAGGCUUCAAGGAUGUAUGGGCCUCAAAUAUUUCGGACAAGAGCUCGCAAGCCGUGGGACAUCGCCAAUCGCAAGCGCGGCUGUGA